GUCCCGCCUCCCAGGGGGCGGGCGUUGGGCUGUGCGCCCUGAGCGGCGGGCGCGGCCCCGGGCGGCGGCGGGUGGGGUUGGUGCCGGUGCCAUGGCGGAGAGCGACUGGGACACGGUUACGGUGCUGCGCAAGAAGGGCCCCAGCGCGGCCCAGGCCAAGUCCAAGCAGGCGAUCCUGGCGGCCCAGCGGCGCGGAGAGGACGUGGAGACCUCCAAGAAGUGGGCGGCAGGCCAAAACAAACAACACUUUAUUACAAAGAACACGGCCAAGCUCGACCGAGAAACAGAAGAGCUGCACCAUGACAGAGUUCCCCUGGAGGUGGGCAAAGUGAUCCAGCAGGGCCGACAGAGCAAGGGCAUGACACAGAAGGACUUGGCCACGAAAAUCAAUGAAAAACCACAAGUUAUUGCUGACUACGAAUCAGGAAGAGCAAUCCCCAAUAACCAGGUGAUGGGCAAGAUCGAAAGAGCCAUUGGCCUUAAACUGCGUGGGAAGGAUAUUGGAAAACCGCUGGAGACUGGCCCCAAAGGGAAAUGACAACAAAGCCUCGAAAUCAGUUUGUUCAGACUGAUCUCGUCUGGCUGGUUCUGCUUAACCACCAGAAUCUCUCUUCAUAUUGCCAAGCUGAACGAGAGGGAUUCAGACUUGCUUUGGGGGGGAAGUCUGCCGAAUCUGUACCUGCUGUAAAAAGGCAACCUUAAAGAAGCGAUUUUCCUGAUUUUGUUUUUCCUUCCUCCUUUCCAGAGAUUGAGGAACUAAACCCCCAAAAAAUACCACAUCUGAUUUGCCAGAAAACAUGUGCGUCUUGGUGUUUAGAAGCAGCUAAUGUUAAGACACUCGGGGUGGUCUGAAAUGUGAUCAUUUAAUUGAAACAAUUUGGGAGACGGGUGGGAUAUAUUAUAUAUAAAUAAUUUGGGAGAGUUGGGGGUUGAUCAGUGUCUGCAUUUGACAUGAUGACUCAGUUACUGCAUCACAAUGACAUUUUUGUUUGUUCCUUCCAGCCUGUUUUAAAGAGAUCUAUAAUAAAGUUUGAUACCCUUCAGUUGCA